UGAUGUGAAACCCAAGUAACAAGUAGUGUCACUUAGCCCCUUUUAUUCAGAUAUCUUAGCCUCACUUUGUUUUCUCUGUACUUUUAAAUGGCUUUAAUGAUUGUUUUCUUUUUUUUUAACUUUAUUAGAUGUAACGGUGAACAGCAGCAUCUUGGAGUAUUUGCUGGAUUCUCUGCUGCCCAACACAAAGUACAUUGUUCAUGUAAUGGCUAGUACUAAAGCGGGACAGACCAACAGCUCUGAAACUUUCUUUACAACAGUCAGAUAUAGUCUCCCUUUUAUUAAAUACAGCUCUCUGGCUGCUGGACUGGGUAUCGUCGCGAUCAUCAUUUUAGGAAUUUCUACCUUUGCUAUGGCGAAAAAAUAUCUGCUUCCUGAAAUACCAGAUCCUGCACGUAGCAGUAUUAGUAAAAUGCCACUGGAGAACAUUUUUACGGCCAAUUUAAACAAGUCUAAGCAAGACGGUGAAAAUUUUGUGUAUAAUUUGUUAAUCAUUGAGAACGCCUCAGAUCUGCCUCUUCAGAGACCUUCUAUAAUCAGCGCUGAGAGUAAACUCAUCACACCGAUCAACCCUCCCAGAGGACCCAGCCAGGCACAAUUGUCAUUAGACUAUUACGUUUCAGGAGAUGGAUAUCGCAAGCAAAUGUUGGCAGAAAAAAUGUUAAACCGGUCACUCUCGAAUCAGCCUCUCCUGUCAGUCUCCUCCACUGAGUUGCAGAGUGAACCUGGGUCUCCUUCAUACAGCAAAAAUGAAGAGAGCCCCAUGGAGGACAUUUCAGAGAUCAAUGUUUUUGAGGAGACCCCAUCAGUCAAUGCGUACCUGAAGAACUCUGUCAAAGCCAGGGAGCUUGUAGUUAGAGAAAACAAACAUUAUCUUUGUUAUGAAAAAGGAACAACUCCUGAGCCAAGUGUUAUGAGUAAUGCAAAACAAAACAGUGCUGGGCAGGCUUAUGUUACAGUAGACAUGUUUUCACACAACUUAAGCAAUUCAUGCAAUCCAAGUGCAGUGAUGGAACGGAAAGAGAAUAUAAAAUAGACAAGGAGAUGCUGGCAGUUAACAGGGUUUGAUGUCUGUUAAUUUAAUUAUCAGAAAUAUAAAUAUAUAUAUAUAUGAGAGAGAGAGAUAUAGUACAUACACAUUAUGGAAACAGCAAAUGAUUUAGGGGUGGGUAUUGUAUUGCUCAUUUUUCCUCACUCAUACCCCAUACUUACUAAAUAUCCUGGUACCUCUGAAUAGAUAAUCGUCUUCUCUUUAAAAUAUGCAAAAUAUUUUAAUGAGCAGUCUGUCCCACAAGCAUUAUUGUUGUUAUGUGCCUCUUGUCCAUUGCAUAGCUGAACAGCCAUUAUUAGAUUUUUUUUUUUUUUUUUUUAAAUAUAACUUGACGUUCCUCUGGACGAUACAGUAAAAGGGUGUGGUCUAUCACCAGUCAGUUGAGGAAUGUUUCAUGAAAAGGGCCCAGCCGUAUCAAUGGCUUCAGUUUGAAUAACAAAAAGAGGUUACUGAAAGAAAACCAUAUAAGUAUAAUAAUUUUAAAAAGUAUGAAAUAUGUCAUCUUAAAUAUAUUUUUACAUUUAUAGGACAAGCAAUAACAGGCAGUUUGUCCAAGUAUGGUAGUACGAGUCAGAGUGGAGACGUCUAUAUCGAUGAUUCACAAGACCUUGUUGAUACUUGAUUGUAGAAUGCUUGUUCUGUUUAUCUUGGCAGAAUCCUCCUCAAGUUUACGAGGGGAACUUGAAGAUAUCAAGUGACACUAUAAUUAUAAUUAUACCGGAGAUACAGUCCACUGCUCAUAGCUUUAUGCCUCCUCAUACAGAGACAAAUGUAAUGUUAUUGCAGAAAGAACAUAGUAGUGUGAAAAUGCAUGUCUGAAGACAAACUAUAGCUUAACCAAAUAUAUCCUCUUUAUUCAUUGUAACUACCUUUCAGACUUAUCAAAAGACAUGUAUUGUGGUUUUCCAGAAUUCAUAUAAAGAUACUCCACCCAGCAUGUGGUGUUUUUGGUUACAUAGUUAAUAAUUUAAAAUGUGAGUAAAGGUGAGUAAAGCAAAGACAACAACAAAAAAUGCAUUGAAGUGUUUUUUUCCCCAAAGUUGUCAGGUGACAUUUAAUACAUGGAUUUAAAUGAAGGGACCAAAAUAUGUGUCAGAGUUCACAGUUUAAAGUAAUAGCUUACUACAAGAGUAACUCCUCAUUUUUCUCUUUCCACUACCAAUGUAAGUGGGGGUAAACAUUGCAGAGCAUUUCUAAAGUUCCGUUGAGUUUUUUGUUUAAAACUGUAAAAAUAUGUUAUAUUGAUUGUAUUACUGAAUGUUUAUUGUUAUGCUUAUGUUGCAGUUUUGUUGCAAUUUUUCAAUCUUGUCUAACCCUAAAACUAACCCUAACCCUAAUCCCUAAUGUGGUACGGUUUUUCAUUGCCCAUCUUUCUGCAUUAAUGCAUUAUGUCUUAAGAGCCAUUUUGUAAUUCCUUUUCUUUGUCCCACAAAAACAACGGAGACAAAAAUAAAAUAUUCUAAAAUC